AAGCGAUGCAGACCCUGCUUCUCUUGCUAAAUAUGUUCUGGCCUUGGUUAAAAAAGACAAAGUAGACAGGGACUUAAAGGAAGUAUGCAUUGAUCAACUGGACGUCUUUCUUCAAGGAAAAACCAAGGGUUUUGUGGAUACAUUGUUUGAAGCAUUGACAACAAAAGAAUACAUGAAACAUGCGCCAGAUUCCUCGACCAAGACACAAGCUGUGGAUGACGGCAAGUCAGACGUGUCCCUCCCCAGUAAAGGGGACAGCAGGAAAGAUUCAACAGACUCAAAGAAGGCUAAAAGUGAGAAGGGCAGAGAAGGGAAGAGAGAAGACAAAAGACAUGGCUCCAGGAGCCCUAGUCCCAGAGAAAGACGCAGGGAUAUUGAUGACAGGAAGAGGAGACACGAUGACAGAAGACUGUCUGAUGAGAGGAGGAGUUACAGAAGAAGAUCACGGUCCUACAGUCCCAGAAGUCCACGGAGGACUCGGGGCAGGUCCAGGAGUCCCCGCGAAAGAGGACGCUCAAGGUCAUGGAGUAGGUCAAGAUCAAGAUCCAGGUCUGGACCUAGGUCAUGGAGUAAAUCUAGGUCAAGGUCACGGUCAAGAGAAAGAAGAGUAUACAGCAAACAACAGUCUGAUAGUCGAGGCUCUACCCCUACACUUGAUAAUGGAAAGUAUGACGCCACCUCUUCCAUUCCUACCGUAGGAAGCGCUGUGUACUCCGUCCCCAGGGUAGAAGGGGGGUACCCCUCAGAGUCUCACCCCCAGGGCCUGCCAGCAGUGCCCGCCCCCUCAAGACAGAGAUGUAAAGACUAUGAUGAGAAGGGAUUUUGUAUGCGUGGUGACCUUUGCCCCUACGAUCAUGGCCUGGAUCCGGUUAUUGUAGAAGAUGUCAGCAUUCCUCCCCCACCUUACGUCCCAGGACCUCCAGUGAUCCCUUCUAAUGGUCCUCCAAGAAUGCCAGGGCCAGGAUUUGUAAAUAGACCACCACCUCCAACACUUGGAGGCCCCCUACCUAUGCCUCCUCGUCCAGAUCGUUUUGAGUACAACCCUGAGGCUCCGGGGAUGACAGGCCCCCCCAGACAAUCAUUCUGGCAUGGACCACCCCCACCCCCACCCCAGGGGCCACAAGCAGCUAACAAUUUCUCUCCUUUUCCUCCCCCACAAAACCCUUCUGCUCAAGUCAGAAAUAGAGAGCAUCUCAUUAAUAUUACAGUAAAUGAUGAUAGUGAGGAGAAUGCUAUUGUACCUCCUGGUACGGAAUCCACUGAGCCGGGCCCGGAGAACACGAUGAUUGACUCCAGGACAGAGGGAAAGCCUGGCAGGACAGUCAUUCCCCCCAAACGACCCUACAAUAGUGGUCCAGGUCAAGUCCACCGGGGCUACUUAAACCCCUACCAUCAGAAUAAUUACAGGCCGUCCGCUCCCAAGAAACCAUUUGAUUUCAGCAGAGUAGGAGGAUACAGAAAGCCAGACACAGAUGCAUUAAGUUUGGAAGUUAGGAAAAUUCCCAAGGAAUUCAACAACAUUUCAGCAAUAAAUCAGCAUUUUUGUAAAUUUGGAAACCUAACAAACAUACAGGUUAAUUUUGAGAACGACCCUGAGGCAGCCCUUGUGACAUUCUCCACCAAUCAGGAGGCCCUGGCCUGCUACAGAAGCACUGAGCCUCUCUUCAACAACAGAUUCGUCAAAGUCUUCUGGCACAAAAAUAAAGACAACACUCAAGAGAAGGUAGAUAUAUCUGGUGAUCAGGUGUCUGAUCCAAGGUCUAUUAAGGAAAGACUCGGUCCACCCAUUAUCCCUCACCCCAGCAAACUCUCCCUCAACAACAUCAAGCCUAAGGCAACGGAUCAGUCUGCAGGACCAGCUCAACCAGCCAAGGAGAAGACUGUGAUAUACACCUCUUCGGUUGGUAACAUAACGAAGACUGUCUACAACCCUGAGGUCAUCAAAGCUAAAGCUGCCAUCACCAGUCCUACAGCCGUGGGAUCAGCAUCAUUCGUCUCCAAAAUUGAGGCCAUUAAGAGACAGGAAGAGAAGAAGAAGGAAGUGAUGAAAAAGAAGGCAGAGCUCCAGAAACAGAAGCACGAGCUGCUGGUAAAACAGGUGGAGCAACAAAAGAUGCUUAUAUCUAAAUUAGAGAAAACAAAGAACACUGAAGAGAAGGCAGAGAUAAUGAAGACGAUUGACAUGUUAUCAAAAUCUGUGGAGAAAAUCAAGUCUGAAUUGACGGCAAACAAGCCUAAAGGUGUGGCCAAGAAUGUGUCCACACCAGAGGAGGCGAGGAAAGAGAUUCUAGACACAGAGUUAGAGUUGUUUAACAAGGAACAUUCCGGAGAAGACACUACUGCCCUGAAACUGAAACUCUCAGAACUUACUAAACAGGCUGCAGCCAUGGGAUUGCUUGGUAGAGGGCGAGGUCGUGGGCGGGGGGCAGCACCUCGCCCCCGGGGAGCCAACACCUGGGUAGCAGCUGGGCUACAGGGCCGGGGUAAACCCGCACACCAGAUCCCCACACAGGGAAGCAGGAAGUUAGAUAAACGACCCAAACAGCUGGAGGUCACAGGGUUCAACUGGGAGGAACGAGAACAGCUCAAUCAACACUUCUCUAAGUUUUGUCAUGUCGAUAAAAUUGAUUUUGAGGAGGAUGAUAAAAGUGCUGUUGUUACAUUUCACACCAGAGCAGAUGCAGAAAAGGCAUUGCUGCAUUGUGUUACAUAUAUGGGCAAAAAUCUGAUCAUGAAUUGGCACGUGGGAGCCAAGAUAAAGCCUGGACAGUUCGCUGAUAGUAAUUACCAGGACGAGGACACAGCGGAGGGGGAGGUGGAGGGCCAUGUUGAGGAUGAUCUGGAUGAGGAAGCUCUUCUGGCGGGAGAUGAUGAGGAGGACGAGGAUGAAGAGAGUCGGUCAUGGAGGAGGUGACGGAGGACGGAAGAGUCACCGGAGAUCACGUCUAAAGGCCACAGAAUCGUAACCUGAAGACAGCAUCUAAGGCACUGUCCUGUCAUGUUACAUUCAACUACAUUAAUGCCAUUUGUCAACUUUUUAUCAUGUUUAAUUGAUAUCUAGUCAUUAACCUGCCUUUUUAAAAUGGUUUGUUUUUCCUACAAGUUUAUCAAUGUAUCUUGUAAUUUCCUGCAAUGAAUUGUGCAGUAGGAUUGUCAUGCUGCGAAAAAUACAUAGGCAUUUUAUUUUCCUGAAUAUUUUUAAUUAUUUUGACUCUUGCUGUUUUUGUUACAUAAUGAUGUAUUAUGUGAGUACCUGAAUUAAUAAUAACUAUUGUGUAUAGUAUUUUGAUCUGAAGAGAUUUACAGUACUUCGUGCAUUGUAUCCAAGGGUGAUGUAAAAAAAAAAAUAUGUAAACAUAUUUUUACAUGAAGAAUUUUAUUGUAAAAUUAUCUUGAUGUUUGACAAUAAUGUGAGAUCUUAUAUGAAGAGAAUGUACAUCAAAAGAAAUGAAUGGAAAAAAAAAUCAGUACAAAAGAAAAAAAAAAUGAGAAAAGAAGAAAAGAAAAAAAUGUUUACAGAUAUGAUGCAAUGUUUCAAAAUAUAAAUAUUGAGAAUAAAUUGAAACAAAAGAUGUGGUUCAAAAACCACCACAAA